UUCCUCUCCUGAAAUCUCCUCAAAGCCCUGCCUCACAGGCUCUAGAACGUGCCUCUCUGAUUAGAAGCAACCGCUGGCUUGCUCUCUUUCUUCACCUCACCUGAGAACAGUGACUACCUGCUUUUUCCUCAUCUCCGGUCCUCGGAGUUCUUCACCUGGAAGCCGGCUCCAGAGGCGGCCCGCGCCUCCCCGUCAGCUCGACCCGCGGCCUCGCAGCUCGGCGCGCGGGGGCGGGGCGGGGCGAGGCGGGGGCCGGCGUCCCCGGGAGGGUCCGAGCCCUCGGGACCACGCCCCCGACCCCGCGCGCCCCUCCCCCUCGGGCUCUAUUUCGUUUUUUAUUUCAAAAUCCUCCUCUUCCUUUCCUUUCCUCACCCUUCCCCUUCCUCUUCCUUCCCCUUUCGGCUUCUCCGCGGAUAAAAUCAGACCCCAGGCCUGGCGUCGUGGGUGCCGAGCUGACGGCAGGCUGGGCGCUCUCCCCUACUUCAAAGGUAAACAUUGAAGAGUUCUGGUGUGGCCAAAAGGAUAAAAGGAAAGCCCAGGCAAGGUAGCAACGUGGUAUAGCCUUGGGGAACUGAAUCGCCCUGGAUUCAUUGGAAUUCUUCAAAAUGUCAGUUCCCACAGCACCUGAGCAACCUGCAGAUGAAGUGGAGAAUCAAAUAAAACCACCUGAUCCAAGGCCCGGUACCCCUCCUGAGUACAGUUCCCAUUUUAUUCCGGGGCCUCCUGGACCAGCCCUCCCUCCACCUGCAGGCUACCCAGGAGGCUUGCCUGUGGGAUACUACGGUCCACAGCAGCCUGGUACCUUCCCCUUGUACCUGCCAAGUAGUGGUACCCAUCCUAUCCAGUACCAGCCUGGAAAAUAUCCUGUGCCACAAUCUUCUGCUCCAGUAGCAUGGAUGCCAGUGCCAACUCCUAUGCCAAACUGUCCUCCAGGUCUAGAAUACUUAGCCCAGUUGGACAACAUACACGUUCUUCAGCACUUUGAACCCCUGGAAAUGAUAACACAUUUUGAAACUAAUAAUAGAUAUGAUAUUAAAAACAACCUGGGCCAGAUGGUUUACUUUGUGGCUGAAGACACAGAUGACUACACCAGGAAUGCUUAUCGGACACUGAGGCCCUUCGUGCUGCGGGUCACUGACUGCCUGGGCCGAGAGAUCAUGACACUGCAGAGACCUUUCAGAUGCACCUGCUGCUGCUUCUGUUGUCCCUCCGCCAGGCAAGAGGUCAGAGAACGGAAGCCCUAUCCAUUGCUUCUUCCUGAUCCAACUCUUCACUGCACGGUUGUGCUCCUGCCAGCACCGCACAGGAGGGGACUUGCACUGGCUCUGCCAGUUGGAAUGGAAGAGGCAGUGGGGAGCGGGGAGUCAAAUAGCCUCACGAUGAAAAAAUCACAAAGGCAUUUUUCUUGGGGGUCUGUGUCUUCAGGUGCUAGUUGGUGGAUCAACACAAAAGAAGAUACGAUGGGAGUGCGUGGACCGUGCUCAACCUAUGGCUGUGGUUCUGAUUCUGUUUUUGAGGUCAAAUCCCUUGACGGCGUAUCCAGUAUCGGCAGUAUUACUAGGAAGUGGAAUGGUAUGUUAUCAACCAUGAGUGAUGCUGACCACUUUGAAAUUCACUUCCCAUUAGACCUGGAUGUGAAGAUGAAAGCCAUGAUUUUUGGAGCUUGCUUCCUUAUUGACUUCAUGUAUUUUGAAAGCUCUCCACCACAACGUUCAUCCCCUCAUCAUGAUUGAUGGACACCGCAAAUCAGCAAUUAUGAUUAAUUAAAAAAAUUUAGAAAAGUUGAUUGGGUUUACAGUCAGCCCUCAAUUAUUUGCAAAUAUAUUUAUCGGCUUUUGCAGAGUAUUGUUAUUGGGUGUAGCUUUGUUUGACAGGCAGGCUGAGAGCGUAAGUUUAAGAACACAAUCCAAAUAUGUGUUUUGAUUGAGUAUCUCCCUGUCUCCUUGGUAGACUUGGAGUUUACCCUGAAAAAGCUAUGACUCAGUAACCAAGUAAACAUCUGUACAGUGAGCUUGAAACACUUCAGCAUGAACUAAGGGCAAAUGAAUCCCAAAGCGCUCACACUGACUCAUAGUGAAAUGACAGGCUUUCGACAGCAGUCUUUGUUGAGACAGAGAAAUACAGCUUCUGUCUCUAACCCUCCCCUCUCCAUCAUCAUGUCCAGUUACUGUGGACAAAUUGGAUUCCAGGUUGGAAGAACGAUACACUUCAUUGUUAAAAAUGAAAAGAAAGUAUUAUGUUUUAUUGCACAAGGAAAAUUUUACUUGUGCAUGUGUGCUAAAACCUCAUUAUGCAAAGUUCAUAAAAGUUUCAAUGGAAAAUUUUAUUUUACUAUGUGAUAAAACAUGUUUUUUAUAUCGUAAGGUUAUAUUUUCCUUGCCUGUUCCCUCACUUACUGGCACGGACAAUCAGGAGCUGGACAGUCUAAGUAAGGUUAGACUGUCAGGAAAAGAGGUGACCAGUGCAUAACCCAUCUACAUCUCUGAGCAGUUUAGAGACAUCAGUGUCCUUAGGAGCUUGCCUUUAAUGUGUCUAACCUCUCUUGGUCAUAGAUGCCCUAUGUAUAAAAUAUGUUUGGCCAAAUCACUGAGAUUGCCUACUGAACCUUUGUUUUCUAUUUAAUGGGGCACAGAGGAGAUGAUUGUUGGGUUUUUUUUUUCUUACAAGAAGAUUCCUGAUAAUUACCGUGCUGUUCUGAUUGCAAGAGUUGUUGUUUCAUUCUUACAUUUUGAAAUGUGACAUUCUGUUACCCUGUAAAAUUGUGUAAAAGCAAAACUACGAACACAGAUGUGGCUUAGUAUGGCUUUGCGUUUUUUACAUAAAUGAUAGUCAAAUCUGUAUCCAUGCCAAGAGAAUGAUAAAACACAGCAAAAAAGCUACCUAUCUGGGAUCUGCUAGCUUAUCAGUAAAGAUAAUUUGGAUCAACACAGGUAAAGUAUAAAUUGAACUUGUCUGUGUUAACUGGUUCAAAGCACAGAGUAUAUUGGUGGAUACACUCUGAUAAAUCAGCUUGCCUCUACUGCACUUCCGCUUUUUAUCUGGAUAUGAACUGUGUUCUUUGAACACAGCCAGUACUUAGAAUGGAAUGUAUCCUUCUGCUGCUCCUUAUUAAAUAAAGCAAGUGUUAUUAGGUAUAAGGUAAAGGCCUUCACCCUCAGUUCUUACUGAAGUGAAAGGUGCCUCGUUUUAAAAUUACAUUCAUCUCUUCAUGGUAAAUGUUGUUUUACUCAGUUUCUUGUAAUGUUCAUUUUUAUGUGCUACUACUAGCUUUUUUUAAAAAAUGGUAAAAGCUGCUGCUUUCUAAAAUAAUAAUUACCCUAUAUUUGAAAAGGCAAUUGUAGCCUUAAAUGGACAGAUAUAUUGUUUCUUAUAAUGAAGUCUGACAUUUUAUAUAGGAAAUCAGACAAUAGUAUUCAGAAAGUUUAUCUAUAUAAACGUUACAUUUUAUCUUGCCUAUAUCCCUCCAUUCUAAUGCCAAAUGCAUACUACUAAGAAAAAAUUAUUUUUAGUAUAUGACAUUUUAAAUUUCUGUUUAAAGUUUUUGUGGUAUUAACAUGUCUUUUGCAGUUAUAGUUUCUUUAAAAAUACCGUGUUUCUUAUAUUUUUAUAUUUACAAUGCAUAUCAUUUUUAUAUUUCUUAACAUUUCAUCCUUUAGAAGUGAUCAGAUUGAUUAAAAAAACAAGCAUUCUCUGAAACCUGUGUGUUUUCUUGCUUCAUCAUACUGUUUUUGGCUUUUAAAUAAAUAUGAUAUGACUUGUAGUAAAA